CAAGGCUGCGGUCCGGCCGGGGCGGGGAAGGCCUCCGCCGGGCCUGCUGCGCGGGAAGCUGCGGCCGGACCGGGCGCGCCCGGGGGCCCUGCGGGGAGACGUGGGCGGGUGUCCGUGAUGGGUGCGGGUCCACCGGGAGGCCCGGGCUGCGUGGAAGGAGAGGGGCUCGGGGGCCCGCGGGGAGGCCCUGGCUUCAGGGUGCUGCCCCCGCGGACCCGACCGGAGGCGGAGCGGCGAGCGGCCCCGGGAGCCGGGCGGGAGGAGCGGCCUGUCCGCGCCGUCGCCGCCGGAGCCUCCUUCCCCGGGGCUGGCCCGGCCCUGGACGCUGUCAGGCCGGGAGCCGCUCGGCGGCGGAGCCGGGUGGUUUGCUCCCUCCCAGGAGCGCGUUGGGGACACCCCCCUCCCCGGCCCGGAGAAGGUCCUGGUGCCGGUUCUGGACGUCAGGCUCGCAGCUCUGGUGGUUUAACGGCCGAGCGCGAGGAGCACAUGCAGUGGAGGCCCAGCCGCCCCCGCCCCGCCGCCCGGAGCCUGAUCCAUGCUGCAGCCCGGCGCGCCCCGGCUCCCACGUCCCGGUGACGCCAUGCCCAUCGUCGACAAGCUGAAGGAAGCCCUGAAACCCGGCCGCAAAGACUCGGCCGACGAUGGCGAGCUGGGGAGGCUGCUGGCUGCCUCCGCCAAGAAGGUGCUGCUGCAGAAGAUCGAGUUUGAGCCGGCCAGCCGGAGCUUCUCCUACCAGCUGCAGACCCUGCGGAGCAAAUACGUGCUGCUGAGCCCCCAGCCGGGGGGCGCCGCCCGCCCCCAAGGGGAGGAGCCGCCUGCCCGGAGACAGGGCGGCCAGCGCGCGUGCGAGAGCGGCGGCGACGGCGUGCCCGCCCCGCAGAAGGUGCUCUUCCCCGGGGAGCGGCUGUCCCUGAAGUGGGAGCGCGUCUACCGCGUGGGCGCCGGGCUCCACAACCUGGGCAACACGUGCUUCCUGAACUCCACCGUGCAGUGCCUGACCUACACGCCACCCCUGGCCAACUACCUGCUCUCCCGGGAGCACACGCGCAGCUGUCCGCAGGGCAGCUUCUGCAUGCUGUGCGUCAUGCAGAACCACCUCGUGCAGGCCUUCGCCAACAGCGGCAACGCCAUCAAGCCCGUGUCCUUCAUCCGGGACCUGAGAAAGAUUGCCCGGCAUUUCCGCUUCGGGAACCAGGAGGACGCACAUGAGUUCCUGCGGUACACCAUCGACGCCAUGCAGAAGGCCUGCCUGAACGGCUACGCCAAGUUGGACCGUCAGACGCAGGCCACCACUUUGGUCCACCAGAUUUUUGGAGGCUACCUCAGGUCGCGUGUGAAGUGCUCGGUGUGCAGGAGCGUCUCGGACACCUACGACCCCUUCCUGGACAUGGCGCUGGAGAUCCGGCAGGCGGCCAACAUCGUGCGCGCGCUGGAGCUCUUCGUGAAGCCGGACGGCCUGAGCGGGGAGAACGCCUACAUGUGCGCCAGGUGCAAGAAGAAGGUGCCCGCCAGCAAGCGCUUCACCAUCCACAGGGCAUCCAACGUCCUGACGCUUUCCCUCAAGCGCUUUGCCAAUUUCAGUGGGGGCAAGAUCACCAAGGACGUGGGCUACCCUGAGUUCCUGAACAUCCGCCCGUACAUGUCGCAGAGCAGCGGCGAGCCCGUGGUGUACGGGCUGUACGCCGUGCUGGUGCACUCGGGCUACAGCUGCCACGCCGGGCACUACUACUGCUACGUGAAGGCAAGCAGCGGGCAGUGGUACCAGAUGAAUGAUUCCCUGGUCCAUUCCAGCAACAUCCAGGUGGUUCUGAACCAGCAGGCCUACGUGCUCUUCUACCUGCGGAUUCCAGGCUCCAAGAAGAGCCCCGAGGGCGCCAUCGCCAGGGCCGGCUCCGCCCCCUCCGGCCGCCCCUGCGGGGCUCUGGACCGCGGCAGGAAGAGCGUCAGCACCGGGGCCCUCUCGCCGCUGCUGCCCGGAAAGAGGCCGGAGCCCGUGGCCAUGAGGAAGCUGCAGGCCCCGGAGGAGACGGGUGUGCCCGUGUCCAGGAACGGCUUCCUGUCGGGCCUGAAGACUCAGAAUGGACACACUUCUCCCAAGCUGCCCUUGGGGUCCCCUGCCCCCCGACUCUCCAAAGCACCCACCCCCCGGCCGACCGUCCUGGAUGAGCCUGGAAAGAAAGUCAAGAAGCCGGUCCCCCCGCAGCACCUCUCCCCGCCCCUCAAGACUUCUCCGGGGCCCCACCGUGCCAGCGGCAGGGGCGCUGGCCUCCCUACCUCACCCAAGCUUGUGCCUGCAGCGACUGCCAAUGGGCACGGGCCUCCGGGCAAUGCCCCGGACAGGGCAGCCUCCAGCAGCUCCAGCCCUGAGCACUCGGGGAGCAGCGACCCCGCCCAGGGUCCCCCCACCCCCAGGAGCGGGGCCGCCCGCUUCGGUGACUCUCAGGGAAGGACCCCCACAGCCGGCUCGCCCAGGGCGCUGCUGAACGGUGAAGCCUCCACGGUGGUGAAGCCGCGGCCCCCCGCCCUGAGCAAUGUGGCCACCGAGCCCGCGAACGCCAUGUCUCCUCCGCCCGCCAAGAAGCUGGCCCUUUCAGCCAGGAAGGCCAGCCCCCUGCGGAGGGCCCCCGGCACUGACCGAGCGCCGCCCCCCCCGCCUCUCUCCGACCUCACCCACCCCCGGAAAGCCACUCACCCCGCUGCCGCCUGCGCCCGGCCUGUGGGCACCGCCAGGGCUGUGUCGCCUACUCCCGGAUCAUCUGGCCUCCCAAGGCCCCCCCACGCCGCCACCCCGCCCAGCAGCCUCCCGAACUCCACCUCCACUCCCCUGCCUCAGGUCAACGGGGGCUUUCGGCCCCCCCAACACCAGCCAGAGGCCAGCGGGCCCCUCAGCCUUUGUAAGAAGAGGAAGCGGAAGCGCUUGGGCGAGGCCCUGAGGCCAGGCUCAGAGCCGGGGGAGGCCGAGGCCCCUCCCGGAAAGAGGAGGAGGAAGAAGAGGAGGCACCCCGAGGACACGGACAUCACCCCCCUGCAGCAGGGGCAGCACUGCAGCCCCGGGCACAGACAGGAGGGCAGCGUGGAGCGGCCAGCUUCCAGCCCGGAGGCAGAGGGCGGGCAGCAGCCAGUGAACGGCCGGGGCCUGGUGAAUGGCUGGCCGGUGGGAUGCAGGACAGACAGCCCCCACGUGAGCAAGAAGAGGAGGAAGGGCGUGGAUGGCCUUGGCGGAGAAGGAGAAGCCCGCCUCCGCCAGGACCCACCUUGGCACAGGAGCUGCUCCCCCUCGGACGCUGAGCCAGAGGCCACUGCAGCGUCUCCAAGGAAAAAGAAGAAAAAGAGGAAGCCGGAGACCCUGCGGGAAGGAGAAGGGAAGGAGCACCCCGAAGGCUGGAAGGGCCCUGCCGUCAGCGGCCAGGGUGCUGGGGACCUCGCAGGGCGGGAGCCGGCGCCUCGGCUCUCCUGCACCAGGGAGCGCGGUGCCAGCGUGGUCUGGGAGCUGCUGGAGUGCGCGGCGGAUAAGGCCUACGGGAGGAAAGUUCUGACGUGGGGUGGCGAGGUGUCGGCUGUCAGCCAGGACGCCAUGCACGACAGCAGGCUGGCCCGCACCUCCUCGGUGAUCGACGACUGGGAUGAAGAGUUUGACCGCGGGAAGGAAAAGAAAAUUAAAAAGUUCAAGAGAGAAAGGAAAAGAAACUUCAAUGCCUUCCAGAAACUUCAGAACAGACGGAACUUUUGGUCUGUGACUCAUCCAGCCAAGGCCACCAGCCUCAGCUACCGCCGCUGAGCACUGUUUGCCCCACAGACACUGGGAGACGGCAUCGCCUGGGCGCUCCGUGCGGCUCCUGGCUGGGUCACCCCCGGGCCGCACCGCCAGCCUGCGCCGAGGAUGAGCGAGGCUCCAGUUCCCGGGGAUCCGGCCUCUGGUGACAAACCACACCGUGCUGGGAGGAGCAGGCGGCUGCCCGCGGGGACUGGGCGGCGCGGCUGGGCCGGCGCGGACGGAGCGGGGCGGCGCGGCAGGGCCGGGGCGGACGGAGCGGGGCUGGCGCGGACGGAGCGGGGCCGGCGUGGACGGAGCGGGGCCGGUGUGGACGGAGCAGUGCGGCGCGGACGGAGCAGGGCAGUGCGGACGGUGCGGAUGGAGCGGGGCCGGCGCGGACGGAGCGGACGGAGCGGGGCGGUGCGGACGGAGCGGGGCGGGGCCGGGCCGGGCCGGCGCGGACGGAGCGGGGCUGCCGGCUGCACUCUCCUGUGCUUGUGCACCUCGGUGACGUGGCGCUGGUUGCUCGGUGGGCCGUCCGUCACCUGCUCCGGUGGCUGCGUGGUCCGUCUGCGCCCUGCCCCGCUGCUCUUAGGGCUCUGCCUGCCUUACCGUCCACCAGAGCGCGGAGCCGAGGCGGCCCCCGGGCCUCCGUCCUCACAGGGAACCGGACGCUUGGGAGGAGGUGGCCGGGGCUUGAACUGCUGAGCCGGCCCCGCCCAUCGGGCUGCUGCUUGCUCUGAGCGCCUCUGUCCAGCGGCGUCGUGGGGUAGGUCCUCCUGUUACGGCUUCACACGCACCGUCGUCUGACCGGGCCUGGGCGCUGGCAGCAGUGUCCUCCCUCCUGCAGAUUUUGGCGUCCCUGCUCCGCGUGGGAGUGCUUCAGCCGAUGUGACCGCAGAUCACUUACCUCGAGCCGUGCCUGCACCGUGUAAAGUAGAUCACGGGAACCCUCGGUCGGUGACGUUUUCCAGAACAGUCACAGCUGACCCGGGGUAGGCGGGUCCGAGCACAUCUGACAGGCACGGCUCCUUUCUCCGGACCUGCUGCCCCGGGAUCGGACCGAGGGCUGCAUGGACCUGUCCUCACAGCCGCCCGCCCCUCCCAACGGCCUUCCCUUGCCCCCAGGCUGCCGGGAGGUGUGCGCACUUUCCCAUGGGGUCGUCUGGGCGUUCCUGCCUGUGUUCGUUUUCUCUGAAAAGCUGGGGGGAUGCCAGCAGCCACACUGGGCCGUCUGGUCCCAAAAAAGUGAGCUACUGGCCGACCCUCUGCCUUUUCGCAAGCCUGGCCUCCGCCUGUCACCUCACCUGCUCAGAGCCUGCGCUUCUCCCUUUCGCCUCCGAAGGGGAGGCGUGCCUCCGGGCGGGGCUUUCUCCUCCUGCAGUGUGUGGCCCUGCAGCGCCCUGGUGGGUAGGGGAUGCUGCAGUCUGACAGACUCAUCCCCUUCCCUCCCUGCCCUCAGGAUCAGCCCCGCCCUCCAGCCUCCUCCUGGGUCACUAGAGCCUCCUGAGGAGCUGUCACCUGUCACCCGGGGCGGGGCCGAGCAUUUGUCUCUGUCAGAGUGAGCCCUCCCUCCCACAACACCCCAGCCCCAUGCACCAAACUGGGCUGGCGGGCGGCCCAGGAAGUGAGUGGUUCCAGGUGACGUGUGCAUCUGUAAUGUGUGUAAACAAUGAGCUCUGACAGCGGCUCCGCACUCACGACCUGGGCUGAGGUGAUGUGCUCAGAGCGGAGCCCUGGGCCGGGGUCUGUGGGAGGGCCUGCCUCCGCCCCGUCCCUCCAUUGCUGCCUCUGCGUGGAGGACUGCGCCCGUUCUCAGCACUUCCCUCCAGGGGCUGUGGACCCUCGUGUUGCCAAGAUCUUGGUGCAAUAAAUUAACGAGAUUUUGUGA